AUGAAGAUUUUCGAGAGCUCCCAUUUUUUCAAUUACUCGUGGGAACAGGUCACUGCGGCCAAUUGGGUCAAAUACCCAAACGAGCUCUCCUCCCAUGUUGUCUCUGUGGAUAUCUUAAACAGAGAGGUUGACCCGGAAAAACACAUUCUUAGAACAGAAAGGUUGAUCUCGUGCAAGCAGCCUGUGCCCAGGUGGUUGCGUGCGAUCAUUGGCGGGGAAGAAUAUUCGUUUGUAAGAGAGUUGAGCGAGGUGGACUUGGUGAACAGGAAACUCAUCAUGAAGUCGGCCAAUAUGACGUUAUCGAACUUGCUCUUGGUCAACGAGACUGUGGUUUACACGCCAGAUAAAAAGAUGCCCCAUGGCAGAACGCUUUUUGAGCAAGAGGCCGCCAUCACGGCGUUUUCGCCAUUUUCAGGUAUCUGCAACAAGAUCGAGGACUGGUCGGUCGAGCGGUUUGGCCAGAAUGCCAAAGUUGGCAAGUUGGGGUUUGAGGGUGUUUUGCAGUCUGUGGCCAAGAAGUGGGACGAGAGUGGCGUGCUUGUGAAGGGGUUGGGCACCUCGCUUAUGGAGGAGCUUGAUGAGGUCAAUGACAAGACCCACGAGAUGAUCCACGAUGUGGGCGAGAAGACCUCGAGCGUGCUCUCGCAGGUGACCAAGCUUGGCAGCUACUUCAACCGCAGCUGA